AUGAUAAUUGAUCGUAUGGCACUCAAUGAUAUCCAAACUCAACAUGAUAGGAGUCCAUCACAAAGAAAGCUGGGUGUUCUUGAAUUAAACACCAAUGAUGCCAUCCUUGCUCAAAACAAGAUUCUCUCUCAACAAGUUGAGUUACUCACCAAGCAAAUGUCGAAGCUCCCACAACAAAUGAAGGAAAUUCAUGGGAUGCAAAUGACGUCUCACGUAGCAAGUUGUGAACUUUGUCAAGGUGACCAUCCUACCGGGUUUUGUCCUCCUCCCGAUGGUGAAGAAGUGAAUUAUGUCAACAAUCAAAACCAAGGCUAUAAAAGGCAACCUCCACCUUACAACAAUCCUUACCAAAGAAACAACCAAGGAUUCCAACCUUCAAGAUUCAGCAAUCAACACUAUCAACAUCAAAGUCCUUAUCAAAGUUCAAACCCACAAGGCCAAGGUCUACAAUCUCAAGGUGGAAGCUCAAAGUUGGAAGACACUCUUACACAAUUCAUGCAAGCAUCCAUGGCUAAUCAAAGGAGUAAUGAAGCGGCCAUAAAGAAUUUAGAAAAUCAAGUGGGUCAACUUGCAAAGCAAUUGUCCGAGCAACAAUCGGGAGCACCCUUUUCCGCCAACACCCAAACCAAUCCAAAGGAGCAUUGCAAAGCCAUUGUUACAAGAAGUGGGAAGGAGGUGAAUAGUGGCGUAAAUGAAAAGGUUAUAGUGGAAGAUGAGGAGGAAAUAACAGUUGAAGAUGGAGAGGAGGAAGUGACAGUUGAAAAUGAGGGAGAAAAGAGUGAGGAGAAGAUAAAGGAAGAAUUAGUUGAAAAAGAGCGGAAAGGAAAAGAAGAAAGAGAGAAAAAUGACAAAAAAGUGAAGAGGAAUAAAAAGAGAAAUGAGAAUGUGAGCACAAUUCCUCUCCAACAUCUACCUUACCCGCAUGUGCAAUCAAGGAAGGAAGACGCAAGGCGCUACGCUCGAUUUAUGGAUAUAUUUAAACAACUUCACAUAAAUAUUCCAUUUUCUGAAGCAUUGGAGAAAAUGCCCAAGUAUGCAAAAUUCACGAAGAAGAUGCUCACAAAGAAAAAGAAGUACACGGAUGAAGAGACAGUUGUGCUUGAUGCUCAUUGUAGUGCAAUUAUUUAA